AUGCCCUCGAAAUUGCACCCUCUGCAAGUCAACCCCACUACUGGUGAGCCGUAUUUACGGCUGCCGAGUCCUCACGACAACAUCAUCAUAACCCCUCCGCGGAUGAGCGAUGUGGACGCAGCCAUGCGCAACCUAAACGAUCGCAAGGUCGUCGACUGGCUCUCAUCGCCACCGUACCCGUACCUCCAGUCUCACGCGGAAAGUCGGUUGACGAUGGUCACAAAAGAGUCGGAUGCCAUCCUGGCAGACUUGGAGGCGGAUGACCCAGAGCAGUCCGGCGGUUCGUUGAAGAUCGUGGGGGCCUGCCCAGUGCAUGCCUUGCGAGAAGUGGCGGAGGACGGGACCGAGACACUCAUCGGCGACGUGCAUUUACGUCGCUGCGCAUUGGUGCACGAAGGCGCCGAGCAGACCGUGAGCUGCGAGGAAAACGCAGCACGCGCAGUCGGCGACCCGUCCAUCAUCUGGUGUGCCGGUGACUGGUUGGCUAGUUCUCACCAUGGACGAGGCAUAAUGAGUGCCGCGUUCCGCACGCUCAUGACGGAUUGGGCAAUCCCAAGGAUGAACGUACGAGUCAUGCGUGUCGAGACCUACGCGGAGAACGUAGCUAGUGCGCGUGUCUUUGAGAAGUUUGGUUUCGUGCAGGAGUGUAUUGCGGACGACGUGAUCGUGACGAACACUGGAGUAGUACGGCGUGGAAUUCGUCUCUUGUGGUGGAAACAUCCGUAG